AUGGAUGGUUUAACUCCACAUACAGAAACUCGAGCGAACUGCUAUAAGAUUACACAAUUGGAAGAGGAAGUGAUUAUUGAAUACAUACUUGAUAUGGAUCGAAGAGGAUUUCCACCUAAAAUCAAGGGUGUAGAAGAUAUGGCGAAUUAUAUUCUUGAAUCAAGAAGUGCGAAGAAAGUUGGAAAGCUCUGGGCUCAUCGAUUCGUAAAGCGUCAUACAGAAUUAAAGAUAUGUUUUAAUUGUACUUGUAACUUUCAAAGAGCUCUCUGUGAAGAUUCUAAGUUUCUUGAGGAGUGGUUUCGAUUGGUAUCGAAUAUACAAGCAAAAUAUUGUAUUCUGGAUUGCGAUUUCUAUAAUUUCGACGAAACAGGCUUUAUAACGGGGAUUAUAAGUGUUGCAAUGGUUGUAACUGAUGUUGAACGAUGA